GUCAUUUUCAUAGCUCAGAAAAAAUAAGGGUGUGUGUCAUGAUCUGAGCAUAUAAACGCUAGCUACUACAGCAGCUUCAAACGACUACCACAACGACAUCAGUUCAGCACAGAGAAAUCCUUUAUCUCGGCAUUAACAUGAGCACAAUGGAAACUCAGAAAGUGCAUGAGCAGCAGAAACUUCAUGAAGAUCUCCGGAUUGUUGUUUUGGGGAAAACUGGAGUUGGAAAAAGUUCUGCUGGAAACACCAUCCUGGGUGAAGAAGCCUUCAAAUAUGACGUAUCAGCAUCAUCUGUGACCAAGGAAUGCUGCAAGGACAUCAAACAAGUAAAUGACAGGAAAAUUGCAGUGAUUGAUACUCCAGGCCUGUUUGAUCCAAACUUUACAUUAGAGGAGAUAAUAGAUAGGCUCAAGUUCUGCAUCCCUCUCUCUGCUCCUGGUCCACAUGUCUUCCUGUUCGUGGUUCAGCCUAGCAGAUUCACUGAGGAAGACAAGAAGACAGUGGAGAUCUUUCUGAAGUUAUUUGGGGAAGAUGCCAUUCACCACACUAUGGUCUUGUUCACCCAAGGAGACAAGCUUGGUAAAAGAAACAUGCAAGAGUUUGUUCGUCAAAACCAAGAUCUGGCAAAAUUCUUCAACAUGUGUAACCAGAGGCACCAUGUUUUCAACAAUGAGGUGAAGGAUCCUACACAGGUGUUUCAGCUGCUGGAAAAGAUUGACAAAAUGUUGUCAGAAAAUGGAGGAAAUUAUUAUACCAAUCAAAUGCUGCAGAUGGCAGAGCAAGCGAUUGAGGAAGAGAAACAGCAGCUUCUGAAGGAACGUGAAGAGCAGACAUGCAGGCAGUUUGAGGCUCUGAAGCAGGAAGCUCUGUUUGAAGCUUACACAGAGUUUCAGGAGAAGCAGGAGAGAGAGGCCAGAGAGCAAGCAGAAAAGAAAAACAAGUAUAUUGACAUCAUCACACAGGUUUUGUGGAGUCUCCUUGAGAACUUCCUCACGAAGCGAUUACAAAAUGCAGGAAAAAAUUAA